UGCGCGUCUUGUUUUAACUUUAGGCGCAUUUUCGCGUUCAACGGAAACAUCGGACCAUGUCCUGGCACAAUGUGAUCGCACAAAAGCGCCAUUUUGCUGCGCUCCACGCGCUGACUGUUUUCAUCCUCGCUGCCGGCGUUCCGCCAAAUGCUUUCAUCCUCCACAUCCUCACGGCGCUCGAAGAGAUCUCCAGCAACACCCACCGGGCCGCCAAACUGAGUGUUUUGCACGAUUACAGAAACACAGCUAAGCGUGUGCCCGGGCGUCCGCUUGACCACAACCUCGCCAUUUGUAUCCAAUGCCAGUUGCUCGUUCUCGUCGCCGCUGGAGAAAUGGUCCAAGUAUAGAUCCCGAUUGGAGGCACAAGCUCCUACCAUAUGAAUGCGCGCCGUUGUAAACAAGUAAUUGCAGCCAAUGUGAUCCGAGUGUCCAUGUGUACAGACGACAACAUGUAUGUCCGAGACUUCCAGACCCUGGUGCCGCAGUAGAGAUCGCAACAGAUCGCCAUCCCAAGCUGUCAUAGUGUCGACGAUGAUGUUUAGGCCGUCUCUGCAGCGUACCAGCGUGCAAGUGCAAUUCGCCCUCAUGGCAGUCGCGUCAUGUUCAUCUUCAUGGGAGUAACCAGGUUGGAGCACAAUUACCUGAUUUUUCGCUGGUGCCGUCAUUUGUCCAGUUGCUUGCAGGGCGUGUGACCUAGAGAGGGUGGUCCGAGUUCUGAAUGCUGCGAACAGCUGAUUGCUUUGCCUCACAUGUUUAUACGUCGCAAUUUCGUUAUUAUUUAACGAAUUUUUUCUGAAUAAAGCAAGUGAUAUUAGACAUGUACUUGAAUUGCGCACCGCGAGCGCAAUGGAAAUACUUGCAAUACGUUUUGCAAAUGCGUCAACUGCAGCUGCUACGACGACAUGUCAAUAUUGGGGCAAAGCCGCCUAUACAAACAGUGGUGGCACUGCCGGCAAAUCGGAUACACCUUCAAUAUUACUCCCAGCGCAUGGAAAGUCUAGCGGACAGAUGUGGAGCGGCAGUAAGUGAGGAGGAUGCUCUCAUGAUGCGGCUUAGGGAGACAAAGACAAGCGACGAGCUCCUGGAGAUGAUCGCAGGGGACAGCUUGGAGCGGCACCAUUUAGUGGAAAGCCUUUCCCUGCUGUGGCUGCACUACCUGAACCUGGGUACGCCCGAAAGAGAGGCUCUCACAGAUCGUGUGCACAAAGAGGUGCUGCAGCGCAUAGAUCCCCAUGUAACCCACAUGGACAUCCAUGAGUUGAGCUGCAGCUACCUAUAUCUACGCAAGAUGCACAUACCCAAUGGUGAAUCCACCGUGGAGUCUAUACUAGGACGUGCAUUGAGAGCUAUUGAUGCGAAGGAGCAGGGUGAGCUUGUCCCCCUGACUGCGCUAUCGCGACUCUCUGUGGGAAUCAAUUUGGAACGCGACUUCUUUACGCCGCUCGUGUGCCGCAACUUUAUGCCGCAUUUGGAGCGGCACAUAGCCCAGUGCGAGAGCGAGGAACACGUUCGCUUGCUCUCCACUUGCCUGUUUCAGCUGCACCAGCUCAUCGACGAGGAGCUGCUCAACGACUACAAACAGAGAGUAAGCGAAAUGCUGCAAUGCGGCAUCCUGAGCUGUGAUACGCCCAAAGCCCUGCUGAAGCUGCUCCACAUGCUCAACAUUCGAGUGUGGUCACAGCGUCAUACGCAGCUAAUAAGGGAAAUUAUGCUGACACUGCGGCCAUGCCUGCACCAAUUGGAAUCGGGAGAUAAGAAGAGCAUCUGUCGUGCGUUUCUUCAUCACCAGGAGCCCGCUGAACUGAUGCAGCCACUCAAAGAGGCUACAGAGAAAUUACUGGCGCAUGAAGCCACUCCCGAUGCCCUCGCCUGUGCCGUUCCCUUUGCGGAGCCCCUGCAAAGGGAAAAGUACUUGAAAAUAUUUCACAAAUUGCUCUACUCUGACGCCGCUUGGCUACUGCCCAAUGCCAGUAGCCACUUCUUCAGCGUACUGCGAACACUGAAAAUAUCCGAUAUACGCUACUGCAACACAUACUGGUCGGGUGUCAUCCGGGAACUGGACUCCAGCCCAGAGGAGCAGACGCACCUGAGGUUUUUGGGCCACUGUCAGCGUUACAUGAACUUCAAUAAUAACCUGGGCGGUACGUAUCGCCACCUCAAUGUGGAGCGGAAAUUGAGUAGAAUGUGCAUGAGUGCCAUUGAGGAGGAUAUAGCUGGCAGGCUGCCGAACAAGGUGUCCCGCUUGGCCGCCUUUGUGAUAGCCUAUGGGCACACCCAAAUGUCCUGGAAGAAGUUUCCCAACAUACUAAUGAGCAAAAUACUGACAAUGGCUCCACAGUUCGACAUUCAGGAUUGUUUUGUGCUCAGUCGCGGCAUGCAAAUAGCCUGCGAGCUGAGAUUUCGUCAGGAUACACCGCCACUGGCGGGCAUGCAGCUAUCUACCAUGGAUAGCAUACUCAUUGGCUGUUCGGAGCGCCAUUUGGCCAACGCGGAGCAAGAGCCACUAACGGCUAGUGAGCUCAGCGUCAUUAUACGCACCCUCAGCCAUAGGAAAACGCUUAAAAACACAGUGGUCUAUAUGCAGGCCCUGUCGCUCUACAAGACUCUGCAUUGCAAGGAUCUCAGCUCGCGCGUGGUUCGUGAUAUGGCGUACAAUUUCAAUGCCUCGCAUUUCUUUGUGCCCGAGCUGCUGGAGUCAAUGUUUGGCUACAUUGCGGAACAGCACGAGCACAUCACUGGCGAUACUGUGGAGAAGGUGCUGACUUGUUCCUAUAAUCUGGGCUACACGCCCGCCUCACCACUGACACUGGAACGGGCGGCGAGUGUUUUGCUAAGGGACUUUGAUCAGAUGAGUGGCCUGUCGCUGGUGCAGGCCUGUCUGGCGUUGUGCUUCUACAAGAUCAUACCCGACGAGCUGAUUAAUCAAGUAUUCUGCGUGAGAUUCAUUCAACGCAUCGAGGAUGAGAUACAGGUCUGCUAUUCCAAGGCCACCUAUCCGGAAAGGGUACUCAAUCUGGUCAUGCAGCUGAAUCGCACCGUCUGCUUGGACCUGCCAGAGGCGAAUGUGCCCUGGUUUCAACAGAACUACAUCGAGGCACAGAUCAGCAAGAAGUCCCCUCAGCCCAGUGCCUUUGGCAGAGAUGUCAAACAAUUGCUGAAGGGUUUACUCAAGGAGGAUAAGUAUUUCCGCUGCAAUCACACCACGCCCUAUGGCUAUCAGAUUGAUUUUGUGAUACAUUUCGAUCGGGACAAGAAACCCAUGCCAGCACCACCAGUCGAGGCCACCAUGUUGGAUCGCAUAACCAAGGUAGCAAUAUUGCUGCUGAGAUUGGACUCCUUCUGCGAGAACGAUCUGACUGCGCUGCGGGGUCCCGAAUCGCUGAAGAUGAAGCAUCUGGAGAUGAUGGGCUACAAGGUGCUGCACAUAAACGAGCACGACUGGAACUCCAAGUACUUGAUGGCACCGGGUGCCAAGGCGAACUAUCUUAAAUGCUUGCUACAAAUUUCGCAUUAGGCUUCGGAUUAUUCAUUGGGCUUAUUUCUCCUCUCUAUAUAAUUGUUCAUAUUUCAUAUUUCGUGAUAAGUUAUGUGUAGGUUGAUAUACUCUGUAUAUAGUGUGCUCGUAAGCUGGAUUAGAAAUACAUUUAAUGUAUUUUGAA